UGGCAGCCCCGCGCCCGCUGCCCGACCGGCCGGAGCGAUGCGCCCGGCGCUGGUGCUGCAGCUCCUGCUCUGGGGGUGGCUGGUGUGGGGGCGGCUCCGGCCGGGGCGCAUCCCUCGGCACAGCGUCUACUGGAACUCGAGCAACCCCAGGUACACCGAGUCGCCGGGUCACAGCACCGCGCUGGCCACGCUCCGGCCCCACGGCCCCUGCCUCAGCCUCGCCCUCAUCCCCCUCCCCCUCCUGUGGCUCUGACCCCCCCUGCACUCUUGGGGGGACUGUCUCCUUGCUGCAAAGUUGGGGAUUUUUGGACUUUGUCCCCCCCAAACCCUCCAAGCAGCCGACCCCACGCCGUGGGUUGUGGGGCGGGCGCCUUCACCCCAGCUCAGUCCCCCGGCUCAGCUGCUCCACCUGCCGGUCCCCAGAGCGCCCAGGCCGAGGUGCCGGAGCCCAGGAGGUGCCGGUCCCAGAGACGCCCCGUGCUGGCGUUCAGCUGGAGGAGGAGAGGCUGGCUGGGCGGGCCCUUCUCCGUCGUCCCCGCUGCUGCUGGUCAGACACCCGCCUCCAUCCUGGCCUCAUUGGCCCCUCCUGGUGGUCGGGGCUCUGUGCACCUGUGAAAUGGGCCUUUGCUGAUGGACGACUCCCAGAGACUCCAGCAGGAGGGACCCUGCCGGGGGGGCUGUCGCCGGGGGGGGCCUCCUCCUCGCCUGGCACGUUCCCAAAGGCCCCAUGGGGAGUCGGAGGAUCCUGUUGGCUCUGGCCCUGCAGGGUGCGGCCCUGGACAGCACCCAGGAGUUGGGGCCCCCCCCUCCACUGGCAGGGCUGGACGCUCUCCCCCGGAGCCCCUCACACCUCGGGCCCUGGUGCUGGGCGCCCUCGUGGUAAAGCCCCUCGCUCUGGCGAGGCUGAUCUGUCUUCUGUGAAGACGCCCCUCUGGGCCGUGUACAGUUCAUAUUUUUGUAUCUGUGUUAGCGACUGAGCCAACCAAUAAAGCGUUUGCAAGACA